UUGUUUGUCGGCUGAUUAACCGAUGUUCCAUGUCAUCUGCCAUGUCAUCAACUCGGAUUUGACAUGUCAUCACUAACGGUCGCCCAAUUUACAACUGAGUUACGAGACCUUUCAGUUGUCUUCUUCAUCUUAUUUUUGAAUGAUUACACAGCCUUUCUUUUCUUCUUCAUCAUCUCAGUUAUCUAUCCUCUUCAUCUUUCUCAUAUGGUAAUGGAUCCCGUUAUUAUUGUUUCCGGUAAAUGGAUUAUGAAAAAACGAUAUGUAUUCAACGUCGACAGUAGAGGGUGUAGAGUUCUUCAUUUAGGUGAGAAAACUAAACUUGAAGAUUUCACAAAGUCUGUCAUCGACGAUUACGGUUUGAAUGAUUUGAAGGUUCAUAUUCUGCUUAGCUACAUGUUUUCGAAUAAAACAUUGAAAACAAUGGCGCACAACACUCCACCAGUUUACGUGUCCAACACUCGACAAUUGCAAUGUUUUCUAAGCUUAAAGAAAAGCGAACAACUACGUCUCUGUGUGGAGAUUACAGAGAAAAAGGAUGACAGCUCAGACGUAGAAGCUUCAGAAGAAGAAGCUUCAGAAGAAGAAGCUUCAGAAGAAGACGCUUCAGAAGAAGACGCUUCAGAAGAAGACGCUUCAGAAGAAGAAGCUUUAGAAGAAGAAGCUUUAGAAGUUGAGUCUAUAGAGAAUGGGAGUUACGAUGGUUGCAGUUUGGAGGAUGAACAAGAUGAAAUUGAGAAUGACUGCUUUAGUAACGUUGAAAUACACGACGUAGCCGGAGAAGAUGAAAUAGGCAAAGAAAACGAAGAAGAUGAUGAAUUUGAAAGUCGAUUUGAUAUGUUCGAUGACUCGGACGGUGCGUCAUCUGAAGAUGAUAACUUCAGCACAUACGGUGAGUCUCCUAUCGAAGAAGACGAAGAUUCACCAACGCUACCUUCCAAGAAGAGAUAUCAGAACUUCUUGAUGAGCGAAUCUAAAGGGAAUCUGGAGGUUUUGAAGUUGGAGAUGUCGUCGUUAGACCUUGCGGUAGGACAACGAUACUUGACUAAAAAGCAUUUGAAGAGACGACUGAAACUUUUUACAGUGAGGCAUCAAUUUGAUUUUGAUGUAGAAAUAUCAAACCUGACAACAUACGUUGUUAAGUGUUGGGUUGAUGGAUGUACAUGGAGAGUUCGUGCAUCUACCGAAGGAUUGUCCCCGCAGUUUUAUAUUCGUAUUUACGACUCGGAUCAUGCAUGUUCUACCACUUGGCUUCUUCUCACAACACAUAGAAGGGAAGACAAACCGGAAAACAUGGAAACUAAGAUCGGACGCUACAGAUCAAACUUGGGAAGUGAUACAAGAAGGCAGGAGACUCACCGGAGGUUGGAAAGAUUUCACCACAGCACAUGACCUUCAAAUCGGUGACAUUGUCAUCUUCAAACACGAAGGAGAUAUGGUGUUUCAUGUCACACCAUUUGGUCCUAGCUGUUGUGAGAUUCAGUAUACACAUCCUCACAUCAUCAAGGAAGAAGCCGAUGCGGAUGAUGUUCCUUCUUUCUCAUUUGACUAUUGUUUUCAGGCUGAGGUCACUGCUUCGAAUCUAAAAGAAGACAAACUUUAUCUUCCUGAGGGAGCUACGACUUGUACUGCUUUGAACAAACAAUGCCAAGAGAUAAUACUUGUCAACAAAGAGGGAAAUUCAUGGACUGUGAGUUUGCGAUUUAGCGAAGUAGACGGCAUGUAUUACAUCAGAAGAGGCUGGAGAAAGUUCUGUCGUGCUAACAGAUGCGCCAUAGGAGACUUAUUUGUGUUCAAUGUGGUUGGAGAUGGGAAAACUACUCCACUAAUGUGUGUAUGUCCGGAAAAGGAAGAGUGAUUUUGAACCUAAACUUAUGUAUGUCGAACCAGAAAUUUAUGUAUGUCUCUUUUUAUGGCUGACUAAUACUCAUAUAAUGGCUGGGUUAUUGUUUGAUUAUGACUUAAUUAACGUAACGGCUGAGUUGCAUUGAACUUAAUAGCUGAGUUAUUAAAACGUUAUGACUGACGAAUACUCGUAUUAUGGCUGGGUUAUUGUUUGAUAGUGACUUAAUUAACGUACCGGCUGAAUUGCAGUUAACGUUAUAACUGAGUUAUUAAAACGUUAUGACUGACGAAUACUCGUAUUAUGGCUGGGUUAUUGUUUGAUUAUGAAUUAAUUAACGUAUCGGCUGAGUUGCAUUGAACUUAAUAGCUGAGUUACUAAAAACAUUGCGUCUAAAUUAUGAUUACAACACAUGACUACGCAAAGAAAUAGUACCAAAAUAUGGCCAUACCAAACCCACAAACCACCACUGGAAACAUCAAACACUUCAUCUUUUCCGCUUUACCGAGUUCUUUCUCCAACCGACCAACGUCUACUCUCAGAUCUGAUAUGCCUUUGGUCAUGUCACUCAUCACCGAUUUCAUAUCUUCUACCUCUUCCACCAAGCACUCGUCCGCCCAUUUGAAUAAAUGUCUCUGAUUUCACCAACAUGCCCAGCUCUUAGUAUCACAUUGACAGUAUAAUGAAUAAAAUUAAAAAUCAAACCUUAAUAUAUCCUUUGCGACAGCAAUAGUACAGUCGUCCUGGAUUAGCCCGUGAUGCAGAUGUACAUAAUUCAGCGGGUUCACCACACCAACACUGUUUCGGCGUUCCUCUUUCCACAUGCCGGCGGUGAAAGUAAGUGUUACCAGACACAGAUGAUGAAGAAGACAUUUUCUUUGAAUGAAAGAGAAAUUGGUGUGAAAGACAAAGUUAAAACAAUAGUGGUAGUAAUAUAAAAUCAUUUUUUUUUUAAAUUCAAAUAAA